AUGAGGGGCAGGAUUUGCUCUAUCCUGACCGUUGCUAUCACGGCAGCGGGCCUGCUUCUUGCUACAAGCGGUGUUUUCGUAACCACAAGCUCUCCUGUAUCAUAUUUUGACUAUUCCUCGCCUGCUUCCUAUUUUCUGUUCCUUAUGUCACUCAUGCUGGCCAUGAUUGCAAUGUUGACAUCUGGCCUGAGCAUGAUUCGCUGGCAACGCGCCGAUCGACAGCGGACUCGAGAACAACUCGAGUCGGAUGGCUGCUUCCUCUUGUCCUGCCUUUUAUCCAUAGUCGUUCCCAUGUUCUUUGCGUUCUUGUCCCUGAACUGUUUCGUGGCUGCGAUGGCGACAGUAGGCUUCUACUCCUCAAACACCGUUUGCCGCACCCUGACCGCGCUCUGGUUGGUCAUAUACGUCGUCAGCAUUGGGUCGACAUCGAUGGGACUUGUAUGGAACUAUGCAAACAGCUCACGUGAUGCGCUGAACUAG